UGACAGUCUGCAAAAUGGCAUUGUGAAUUUUACAAAUUCUUAGUAAAAAUAUUAAUUACCUUACAAAAUGUAUAAAGGUUUUGCACGAAUAUUAACUCAUUCAGAUAGAUUACAAUCAUGUAUUUCCCCUUGUCUCAGAAGCACAGUGCUGUGUACAAGAAAAGGAAAAGUUGGGAGUAUAGGUUAUGUUUUCAUGAGAACUAAAAAACAUGACCGUGGGAAUCCUUCUGCUUUAUUUGUGCCGGUGCCAGUGAAACCUAACUCUGACGACAUAAAUAUAGGCGAAGAGUUCACAGGACGCUUGAAAAAACAAGAUUUACUGAAAAUCCUUAACAGAUUUUAUCAAAAACCUGAAGUGAGAGUUUUAGCAUCAGAGAAUGGAUUAGAUGACCAGUUGUUACACCAAGCGUUCCUGUCUUUUAGAAGGCAUUGCUUGGAACAUGAUUUACCUCCAGAUUUACAUAUAACUAUUAGUGAUAUAUUACAAGAUGCUGGACAUGUUGAUGAUUUGUUUCCGUAUUUCCUAAGACAUGCUCGUUUGGCCUUUCCGCACCUGGACUGUUUAGAUGAUUUAAAGAAAAUUUCUGACCUUCGGACACCUGCUAAUUGGUACCCUGAAGCUCGCAGUAUAAAUAGAAAAGUAAUAUUUCAUGCUGGCCCUACAAAUUCUGGAAAAACUUACCAUGCUAUGGAAAGAUUCUUAGAAGCAAAGUCUGGAGUUUACUGUGGACCUCUUAAAUUGUUAGCUACUGAAAUAUAUCAUAAAUCCAAUAAAAAGGGCACACCUUGUGAUUUAAUUACUGGUGAGGAGAGAAGGCAUUCCUCUCAACAUACCAAUAAUUCUGAAGAUUCUGUGAUAGAAACAGAGACAACUGAAUCUAUUUUGACUGAUGACUCUGACUUCACUCCAUCUACUCAUGUGGCUUGUACAGUUGAGAUGACUUCUCUUAAUAAUAAAUAUGAGGUAGCUAUAAUAGAUGAAAUACAGAUGAUAGGUGAUAGAGGCAGGGGCUGGGCAUGGACGAGAGCUAUACUUGGACUUCAAGCUGACGAAAUUCACCUAUGUGGUGAAGCUGGUGCUAUAAAUCUCAUAGAAGAAAUAUGUAAUACAACUGGAGAGGAAUUAGAGAUACGCUCUUACAAAAGGCUUACAGAGUUAAAAGUUGAGGACUCAGCUUUGGGUUCCCUGGACAACGUUAGGCCGGGCGACUGUAUAGUGUGUUUCAAUAAGAAUGACAUUUACAGUGUAAGUCGAGCCAUUGAACAGAGGGGUUAUGAAGUAGCCGUGAUCUAUGGCAGCCUACCACCUGGAACUAAAUUAGCCCAGGCAAAUAAAUUUAACGAUCCAGAGAGUUCCUGUAAAGUAAUGGUAGCUACUGAUGCCAUAGGUCUUGGGAUCAAUUUGAGUAUACGAAGGAUAAUAUUCUAUUCCUUGAUUAAGCCUGUGAUUAAUGAAGAUGGUGAUAAGGAAAUGGAUGUCAUUAGUAUAUCACAAGCACUGCAAAUUGCUGGUCGCGCCGGUCGAUACGGUAGCACUUGGGAAACUGGCUACGUGACUGCGUAUAGAUCUGAAGAUCUUUCCACUUUGAAGACACUCUUGUUCAAACCCCCGGAGCCGGUCACCCAGGCCGGUCUGCAUCCCACCGCUGAGCAGAUGGAGCUGUACGCCUACCACUUGCCUCAUGCGACUCUCAGCAGUCUAAUGGAUAUAUUCGUUCACCUAUGCACCGUGGACGACUCUCUCUACUUCAUGUGCAAUACAGAAGCGUUCAAGUUCUUAGCAGAAAUGAUCCAACAUGUGCCAUUGCCUUUGAGAGCUCGCUACGUGUUCUGUUGCGCGCCUAUCAACAACAAGUUCCCUUUUGUGUGCGCUACAUUCCUAAAGAUGGUCCGACAAUACAGUCGCAAUGAGCCCAUAACUCGGAAUUGGAUGUGCAGCGCUAUAGAAUGGCCGCUUCCGUCGCCAAAGACGAUCAUGGAUCUAGUCCACUUAGAAUCGGUAUUCGAUGUGCUCGAGCUUUAUCUAUGGCUGAGCUAUCGUUUCCCAGAUAUGUUUCCUGACGUGAGAUUGGUAAGAGAAAUGGAGACUGAAUUGGAUGAUGUUAUCCGGCAAGGAAUAUUCCAAAUCACUAGAUUAUUACGCAACUCGGAGCAGAUACUUCAAGAUGAACCAGAAGCCAUAGAGCAUAUGAGCAGAAAGAAAGGCAUACGGCCCGGUACCUUCGGCCAGAUUAAGGCAGACGAGCAGAAGGGAAAAUUGUCAGAAAUGCUCGUUGCUAAGGGACUGAUCACACCGCAAAUGUUGAAAAAACUCCAACAAGAGCUUGCGACAGACAGCAAAGUGGACAGGAGUAAAAAGAAAAUAAAUAGACAUAGAAGGAAAUGAUGAUGACUCUGUUGUUGUUAUUAUAUAGUAAGACAGUAAUGUAUGCGUAUGACCGAAGUUUGAAUGAGAAUAAACUGUGACAGACAUC